UCCACGUCGCCUCGAGCCGCAACCGGUGGCGAGAUGUAAACGUGACCGACGACACCAUCGUUUCCAACGAAACCGUCGCAUCGGCGUAGCCCUUGAAACGUGGCGGAGAUCACCGUGGACAAGUAAAAGUAUUCCCCCGCAGUGAAACCGUCAAACCUUGGAUAUUUUUUUUCACCCGUCUCGCGACAUACAUCGCGAAUAAGUGUAGUGUGUGUUCGACGACCGUUUUUUCUUUUCUUUUUUAUUAUUCGUUUCUUCCCGUGUUUUUUCCCCGUGUUUUAUUGGUGACACAUCCAGGACACGAUUCUUUACGAUUCUUACGAGAAUUUAUUCGGACGCAACGUUCGCAUCGACGAGGAGUUAGAAUUCGUAGAAUGGUGUGUUGUUAUGGAUCCUCGUGCGCCCCACUCUGCGCCCGUCGCUAUUCGAUCUAAACUCGAUUCAAGGGGAAGGUUUCGAAACGAGAAAAACCACCAAUGAUCGUUGACCCCCUCGAAGCACGAAACUGCAAACAUAUUCGCCUGGACGAGCGACUAACCAUCCCGCGGUGAAAGGGUUUACCAGUUUGAGUUUACAAUGCGGUGAUUUCAGGGAGGAAUAAAACAUCUGAGGAAAACUAGAGUGUAGCGUUACAAGUGAUUCGAAGAUGAAGUGGCCAUUAGUGCUGACUUGCUUUCUGUUGCCGCAUUCGUGCAUCCUAGGUGCAUCGCAUGCCGGUUGCGAGUUCCCGGCGCAGUGGAACGGCCACUGGUUUCAAUCGGGGAAUCAGGGGUUGGUGACGGUGAACGGGUCCAUGAUGACCAACAAGGGCCGCUGCAUCGAGACCAAAGACGACAAGUUCCUCAUUCAGGACACAAUGGAAAAUUGUUAUCGCUGCAUCGUCAUGCACAUGAAGCAUCCGAACGUCCUUCAAUACAAAGAGACCUGGUGUAUCACGGGAUCGUCGAAACCUACGCUCCCUUCGAUAUGCGGCGAUUUGACCAGCGACGCCAUAUUAAUUUCCCUAUUCCGCACGGGGGCAGCACCGAUGCCGUGCCCGUUCAAGGGACCCCUGGAAUUCACGUACAGCCACGGGGAAGCGGAGUGUAAAUCUCCUUUGUCAGCCGCGGAGACGUGCACCCAAGAAUCGCGAUUACUUUUUCGCUAUCAAGCGUGUGCCAACGUCUUGUCCUCUGAGAGCGUUGACGUGGAGUUGGAGUGUCUAGCCACGUGGAAGGAGAGCAGCACGCACAACCUCGUGGCAAGGUUGCACGCCCCCCGGAAAACCAGCGACGAGGACAGCUACAGAUGCUUCAUCUACGAGCAAACUUCGAACAAUUCGUGGAAUUUGGCGCAGAGCGAGGAUGCCUCUUGCACGGGAUUGAUCAGCGUUAAGGAGGCUGCCAAGACGUUCAAAAUGAAACAGAAAAAUUCAACCGAGCGAUGCACGUAUCCAUCUUGGGUUGUGGACAAUAAAUUAUGGUUAGCCCUGGAUCCGGUAGCAUCUCGCCUCCUGGCAUCGCCUUACAAUCUAACGAUUCUCAAUCGACAGGAGACCCGUCUCGUGUGUCACUCUGUGGUCCCUAUUAAUGAUCGUCAUUAUCAUCCGGAUAGGGAGAACCAGGUGCAGUACGUUGCGAAGGCCACCCUCGAUUGCACCAAUGGCUACGUGUGCCUGAUGUUCCACAGAAGGGACAGCCACAUAAUAGAGAUGCAACUGUCGGAAUGGAGCCAGCAACCCGACGACGUGUGCAACUCGAGUACGUUCAACUCCCACUCGACGCCGUACACGACGUUCAUCACGUCGGACCCUAUCACCAGGCAGUGUCCGAACCUGGGUCGAUACGAGAUCGUGUCCGUGUUACAUUCUUACAACAGCGUGGAGGACAUAUUGGGGGUGGACGGUGACCAGAGCAUGGCGAAUGCGGCCGAAGUUCAGGAUGUUAGGGUGACGUCGACACCCUAUCCGGGUCGGUGCCGUUAUGGCAGUGUCCGCCGAUUGGAUAUCGGUUGCAAAACACCGGAUCGCAUGGAAUUCGCUACGUCGUGCAGCGAUGAAACUCCAUCAGAGUAUUUGUGCCACGGAACAUGGAUCGAGAACGACACAGCGUAUCUGGUGGCGAGCACCGACGUGGGACGAUAUUGUCUCGUUUACAGUGCAUCCGCAGCGGCGACAGGGAGCCGCGAGCUCUCCGUGACGGGUCACCUUGCCUCCUGUCCCAGAGCACCUCAUCGUCAUCUUGUGUCGUGGCAGGUCAACCUCACGUCGUACGCUCAAUGCGGCGAUAUCUCGACGGCCACGUCGUGGACCUUCCGGAUUUCCGCCUCCGUUUACAUCCUGGCUGUAUUGGGCACCCUGUUCGGCAGGUAUAUCGCGAGGUGAUAUCACUGAGUGAAGAGACCAGGCCACGAGACGGCCGUGUAGUCAAUCUACACAAACUCGAGUCGUCAGCACAGCAACUAUAAUAAAACAACAACAACAAAAGAAGUCUCUAUAUAUAUAUAAAUAUAAAUAUAAAUAUAAAUAUAUAAAUACAAAAUAAAAAAAAAUAUAUAUAUAUAUAUAAAUACACAAAGUAUAUAUAUAUAUUAAGAAACGAUUUAACGAAGGAUCCCAGAAGUGUGAUGGGAGAAAGUAACCUAAUAAUCAAGCAUAAAUUAACGUGUAAGUGUUCGUGGGUGCGAGAGAGUCUGUAAAGAGAGAACGAGAGAGAGAGAGAGAGAGAGAGAGAGAGAGAAUGAAAUAGAAGAGAAUGCCGUUGAGAGGCUUCAUCCGAAUAAAGAAUAUCAGAACAUGGCGGAUCAUUGGCUAAAAGGAUGUACAUAGAGACGGUGUACAUGUACAUAAAAUUCACUUAAGGAAGCUUGGUUUUAUCGAAGCAGUUGCAUCUGGAAAUGUUAUCUUCUGCCAAAGGGGUGAGGAAAAAGCGAGCCACGUUAUUCAGACGAGUAUGCGUACUUUUCCUAGUUGACUUGGGAUAACGAGAUCUUGGAUUUUUGCAAAUUUCUUUCAUCUUUAUUUAUUUAUUCUUUUUCUUUUUUUUUUUUUUGUUUCUUCGUUUCGAUUAGAUCUUCUCGGACAUUCGAUCGAUAGUUGGACGAAUUAUUUAUAUUUAUUUAUAUCCUCUAGAAAUGGUUAAACGAGUGAUACAACAAGUUACGUGGACGAUACGUGGAUCUCUUUAAUCGCGGAUUUUUCUAUCUAAAUUUCCUAAAUUUCCCGAACAACCACCCCUAUUCGCUCGCAAUUAACCUUCACUAAUUAGAAAACCUUCCUGGACUCGCAACCGGUGUCGCGCGUAAAAUCGGGAAAACCAAUUUAAGCAAAAAGAAGGAAAGUAAAAAAAAGAGAAAGAUAGAAAAAAAAAUACAACAAAGAAAAACGUGCAACAAUGGAAAAAGGAAAAACUAAUCAAAUCAAAAAAAAAAAAAAAAAAGAAAAAACGAAACUAAGGGUGCUGGGGCCAAUAGUGUGUGCAUUUUGAGUGGUGAUCGUAGCCCACGUGUGUGAAUGGAAGAAGCAGACAAAGAACGAAAAAAAUAAAUAAAAAAAAAAAGGAGGGGAAACGCGAAACAAGCGAAGAAAGGAACACGACCGAGGACAGAGGAAAUCGAGCGAGCGAGAGCGAGAGAGAAAGGGAGAGAAAGGAGCGAACGAGAGAGAAAGAGAGAGAGAGAGAGAGAGAGACUUAUAACAACUUAUUUAGAUCCACGACGUGUCCGCGAUGUUUUGGAAACGGUGCGUAUCGUUCUCCAGCUCCGAACAAAACUUGUGUUUUGCUCGGAACAGGAAACGUUUCCAACUGUAAUUAUACGUAUUUUAAUUAAAAUUGCGCGCCACUAGAGUGAAAAGAAGGAAAGAAAAAGAGAGAGAGAGAAAAGAGUGGUGAAAUUUUUUCGCGCGCGUGUGUGAAUGUAUACGUGUACGCAGAAAGUUAAAGGUAAAUGAAAAAAGGAAGGAAAGUUAAAGGUGAAAAAAGGAAGGAAGGAAGGAAGAGGAAGCGAGAUAGAGAGAGAGGACGAAUACGGAAUGAAUUAUGAUUAUCGUUGUUAUUAUAUUGUCAUUAUAAUUGUCAUUGCACGAGUGAGAGCAUGUGUGUGUGUGUGUGUGUGUGUGUGCCUCUCUCUCUUCUUCUGUGUCUUCUUCAGCUUGUUUUUCUUUCCGUUCUUUCCAUCCCUUUUGCUCGCGACCCCACCCCCAUAUGUCAUCCAUAUGUGACUGUAUAGAUCGUAAGGAAUGGCCACUGUGACACCUGCGUUUUUCGACGAAAAACAGGUGGAAAGAUGAAUUUCCUUGAGAUUUGAUAUUGGUGAUCUCCUUGUCACCCUUGGUCGACACCCUUAGAGUAAAAGUUUUUUUGAUGAUGAACAAAAACCUUGAUAAAUGAUUAAAGAUAGUUCGAUUUCGAUUUCAAAGGGAAGCUUGUGUUACAGAAGAUGAAAUUGAAUUUAUUAAGAUGAAAUUAAUGGUGAUCGAGAAAAUUUUAUAUUGGCGUAAAAGCGAACAGCAAUUCAAUAAUUGAAUAAUUAAAUUAUUAUAAUUUGAUAAUCAAAUUUAUUUAUAUAUUUUGGAUAUUAAAUUUACGGUUCGAUCAACGAAAAUCAAUGUAAAUUUGAAAUGAAAAGAAGAAUUGUAAUGUUGGUUUGUUUUUUUUUUCUUUUGAUCGAGGAAAAAUGAAAAUGAUUUAAAGGGUUGACUUUAAGAAGGGUGAUAGGAAUCGAAGAUGUAAGAAUAUCGUAGAAUGAUCGCUCGAUUCUUUAUUUGCUCUGAAAUAAAUGUUUUCUUGUCAUAAUUUUGAUGGAAAAACCAAAGACGUAGAAACUUUUUCUUCAAAAUUCAAAAUGAACAAAAUAAAAAGCUUGAAAAAUUGAUGUAAAAAUCGUAUUAAAAUAAAGAAGAAUAACUGUAAAAAAAUUAAAAAUUAAAAAGUUACAUCUGUAAUUAAUUUCCUAUUUAACUCAUCUUUAAUAAUUCACAUCUAAAAAAGAAAAAAAUAUAUAAAUUAAUCUCCAUUCAAAAGAUUAAGACAGUCCAUGAAUCCCAGAGCAACAAAGGAAUCGAAUCGAUCGUGGACAAUGGAUUACAGAGAGAAAACCACGACAUAUCGAUAAAUUGAGAGAAUUCGAGCAAGAAAUUCAGAGAAGCUGCUAGGUAGCGCUAGGUAAUCAAUUAUCUCGCCAACAUCCAGAGGAAUAGUAGACGAAACAAGGAAAAAUUGAAACAAGGAAAAGAAACCAACUACAAAACACGCCAUUUACCAGGAAACAUUGAAAACAAAGAAAAAAAAAAAAAAAAAAAAAAAAAAAAAAAANNNNAAAAAAAAAAAAAAAAAAAAAAAAAAGAAAGAAAGAAAAAAAAAAGAAUUCAAAAUCUCGAGAGAGUACAGAUAUUUUUCACUUGAAACUAUUUUAAUUAAGAGACUGUGCUGAUUACUGUGCGAACAAAGAGAGAAGUGACAGUAAAAUAAUAAUCGCGUAAAAUUACUCGAUUCGCUAUACAUAAUUGAAUAGUUGGAUAUACAUACUAUAAAUACGAGUAUAAAUAUGAAAUAUAAAUAUUAUAAAUAUUAUACAUACGUUACGUAUAUAUAUAUAUAUAUAUAUAUAUAUAAAUACACGAGGACAAUUCGAUGUUGGCUAUAAACUUGUAAACUAUUAGAUAGAUAAAAAGAAAGAAAGAAUAAAAGAGAUUAAGUGUCUGAUAAGGA